AUGUCUGAGCAUCUUGAUUCACAAGAGUCUAUCUCUAAAUCGAGCACAUCACAAUCUUCCUUCGUCGAGGAUCUCAACGCCACUCAGGAGAAGUCACAUCCUUCACCUCUCCAGCGCUUGAAGAAACAAUGGAAGGAAAUAAAAAGGAGUGGGGACCUCUCAUGGCGGCCAAAGAGGACCUAUAUGACGAGUACACUUUCCCACCGGGUCGUUAUUCUGGACAAAGAUAGCUUGACAAUGAAAUGUACGCGACUCAGUAUUUUCGUCAAGACGGCAAAAGGUGGAACUUUCCUUCAACCCAGCGAGCGCCAUUCCUAA